GGCCCAACAAAAAGGGAAACAGAAGAAGAAGAAUACGGUUGUGUUGUCGGCGCCGGAAGAGAUGAGUGGGGCAGGAGCACCGGACUUUUUCUACAGGGAAGCUCAACGUCUUGGCUAUGUUGCUCGCUCUGCUUUCAAGCUUCUACAGAUUCAAAAACAAUACAAGCUCAUCAAACCAGGCUCCUCUGUUCUUGAUCUAGGCUGCGCACCUGGUGCUUGGCUUCAGGUUGCGUGCCAAAGCUUAGGUCCACUUAAAAGUGGUGGAAAUGUGGUUGGUAUGGAUAUUAAGAAGGUGAAGGUUCCUCCACAGUGUGAUUCGCGAGUCCAAACCAUUUCCGCCGAUGUUCUAAUCUUUCCCAGACAAAAGAUUAGGGAGUUGUCUCCUCAGCAAAUGGGAUUUUCAGUCAUUCUUUCAGAUAUGUGUCCCUCAGUGUCUGGAAUCACCACUAGAGAUUCAGCUCUGUCGGCUGAAUUGGGAAUGCGAGCACUUGAUUUGGCUGUUGGUCAAGCUGCCCUCUCUCAGUCACCUGAUAUUGAUGAUGAAAAUGCGGUUUCAAGCAGUGAAGUCCGUCUUGGUGUACUUAGGCGUGGGGGUCAUCUUGUGAUCAAGCUUCUAGAAAGCGAGGAUGCUCAAGAUUUUGCUCGAAUUUGCAAGCCCAUCUUUAACAAGGCAUCUUGGUUGAGGCCAAAAGCUACAAGAUCAUCAUCUCGAGAAAUUUACUUGAUUUGCCAGGGAUUUAGAUAAUGUAAGCCUUCAUAUACAAUGAUGGCCAAUACAACGGUAACUCUUUUCAUACAGAAGUACUUGGUAUUUUCUCGGAUCAUGUAGUUUAUUACAAUGGAAAAGAACAAAUUAAAUAAUAUUGAAUGCAGAUUUUGCGUGUUACAUUGCAA